GAUUGGAAGACCUGAAUCACAUGAUUGGGAGGGGAUUGGAACACCUGAAUCACAUGAUUGGGAGGGGAUUGGAACACCUGAAUCACAUGAUUGGGAGGGGAUUGGAACACCUGAAUCACAUGAUUGGGAGGGGAUUGGAACACCUGAAUCACAUGAUUGGGAGGGGAUUGGAACACCUGAAUCACAUGAUUGGGAGGGGAUUGGAACACCUGAAUCACAUGAUUGGGAGGGGAUUGGAAACACCUGAAUCACAUGAUUGGGAGGGGAUUGGAACACCU